AUGUCGCACGGAAGAGUAAAAGUGUUAAGUGAUGGUCAACUAUUCACAGAGUUGACAGCUGCUGGUGGCAAGCUUGUUGCCGUCGACUUCACAGCAACAUGGUGUCCACCAUGUCGUGCCAUCGGUCCCAUAUUCGAACAACUAUCCAAUCAAUAUACAAACGUUGUCUUCUUGAAGGUCGACGUUGACCAAUGCAGAAGCACAGCUCAACAAUGUGGCAUAUCUGCAAUGCCAACGUUCCAUUUCUACAUCAAGUCGACUAAAGUUGAUGAGUUUAGUGGAGCUGAUCCAAACAGACUCAAGCAAUGUAUCGAGAGACAUCAGACUAAUGAGGUGUCAACGUUCGCAACCCCCGGCAACGUACUUGGUCACGGCUCAGCAGGCUCCCCCGCAGCAGCCCAGCAGCCAGCAGCAGCCCGCCCAGCUCAACCAGAGAAGUUGCAACCCAAUGCCAAGAUGCUGGCCGAGCUUAUAGAGAUGGGCUUCCCAGAGAACAGAGCAAUCAAGGCUUUGUUGACCGUGAAGAAUCAAUCGGCCGAAACUGCAAUGGAGUGGAUCUUUGCCAACAUGGAGAAUCCCCAGAUCGACGAGCCAUUCGUCGAUCAGAGCGGCGGCGGUUCGACCACUACCACAACAUCAUCGUCUGACGACGCGCCAGAGGUCCACAAUGCGCUCUGUGACCUGUGUACAAAGCAAAUCAUUGGCAUCAGAUACAAGUGCAAGGUGUGUCUGAACUACGACCUGUGCCAGGCGUGCAAGGACAGCGGCAAGCAUCCGGCCGACCAUGAGAUGUCAGCACACAGCAAGGACAUUGCAAACUAUACGUUGACACCCGAGGAGAAGGCGCACCAAAAGAAGAUGCUGGACGAGAAGAUCCUGAUGCUGAGAAAGAAGAAGGCCGAGGAAGAGGCCAAGCGCGAAAUUGAGCGAGAGAUGUCCCGUCGUGAGUCGGGCAAACUUCAGCAGGACUCGGUGGAGAAAUGGAAGGAGCAACAGAACAAGCGUGAGGCUGACAAGAUCAAGAAGGAGAAGGAGGAUGAGGCACGAGCCAAGCAGAGGAUCCGUGACAAGAUCGCCCAGGACAAAAUGGAGAGAGCUGCCCGAGCCAAGUCUGGACCGGAUGCUUCAUCGCCAGUUGUUGCCCCGGCAGUCGCAGCACCCGUCGUCGUCCCUGUGGCAGCCCCCACCGCCGUGCCAGACGUCGUCAUGAUUCAAAUACGUAUGGCCGAUGGCAGCACAGUACGCGCCAACUUCAAGCCCAAGGACACUCUGCAGGACGUACACAGCUAUCUCUCUGCCAACGGACAGUCUGGUGCAUUCCGUCUGUCCACCACAUAUCCCAGGAAGAUAUUCGAUAGUUCUGAACUCAAGACCACUACAUUGUUGGAUGCUGGAUUGGUUCCAAAUGGUACAUUGAUGGUAACAAAGUAA